AAUGGCGGCGCCCAAUAAUUUUCUGCUCAUAAUUUUCAAUUGUGUUCUUAUCCUCCAAAACGCGCCGUUUUUGGCAGUGGCUUUACCUCUACCGGAGGCCAUCUCGGCGAAGCUUAGAAAUGAUUCCGAGACGAUUAAAUUGGCUUCCACGGAUUAUGGCCGGAUUAUUGAAGAGAAACCUUACGGCGUUUUCUUUCCGGGGAACGGCAGCGACAUCGCCGGGCUGAUACAGUUCAUGUAUGGAAGUCCGACGCCGAUGGAUAUCGCUGCCCGCGGUCAUGGGCAUUCCGUCCAGGGGCAGUCCUUGGUGGAGAACGGAAUUGUGGUGAAUAUGACCUCGCUCGGCGGUUUGGACGGCAGAAUUGUGGUGUCGACUACGACGGCGUUGGGUCCGUAUGCUGACGUGGGCGGCGAGCAGCUGUGGAUCGAUGUGUUGCAUGCGACGAUGGCGAAGGGGCUUAGCCCGUUGUCGUUGACGGAUUAUUUGCGUCUGACCGUCGGAGGGACGCUGUCCAACGCCGGAGUUGGUGGUCAGACGUUUCGGUUUGGGCCUCAGAUCAGCAAUGUUCUUGAACUUGACGUAGUAACUGGAAAAGGAGAGUUGUUGACGUGCUCUCCUACCAACAAUCCCGAGCUCUUUUACGGCGCCCUCGGUGGUUUGGGUCAGUUUGGUGUGAUUACUCGAGCUAGAAUCCCCCUUGGCCCGGCGCCCACGAGGGCUAAAUGGGUUCGUAUGCUUUACACCAACUUCUCUGCAUUUACAAGUGAUCAAGAACUUUUGAUAUCCAACAAUGGAAAAGAGAAAUCCAACGGCCUUAAUUACCUUGAAGGUUUGCUUUUGCUAGAAUUAAAAGCACCUGAUAAUUCCUCCUUCUACCCUCUACCCGACCAGCCCAAGAUAUCCUCCCUUAUCUCUCAACACGGCAUCGUUUACGUCCUUGAAGUCGUCAAGUACUAUGAUCAACAAUCAGCUGGUUCUGUUGACCAGGACCUCGAGAAAUUGUUGACGGGGUUGAGAUUUGAGGCGGGGUUAAAGUUCAUUAAAGAUGUUUCGUACGAAGAGUUUCUAGAUCGAGUUCACACCGAUGAACUAGCGUUAAGAUCUCUCGGGUUAUGGGACGUUCCUCAUCCGUGGCUAAAUCUUUUCAUUCCAAAGUCGAAACUUUUCGAAUUUGAAUGGGGUGUUUAUAGAAGCAUUAUUCAAAAGCGUAAACUCACUACAGGCGUACUCCUCUUCUACCCGAUCUUCAAAAACAAAUGGGAUGAGAAGACUUCCGCCGUGAUACCCGACGAGGACGUGUUCUACAUGGCCGGGUUUCUUUUCUCGAGCGGAUUCAAUAAUUGGCAAACGUUUGAGGAACAUAAUAGAGACAUAUUGAAGUUCUGUGCUGAAGCUGGAAUUGGAGCUAAGCUGUAUCUUCCACAUUUUGAAAGUCAAAAGGAAUGGAUUGACCAUUUUGGUCGGAAAUGGCCUGUUUUCCAGCAGAGGAAGGCCUUGUUUGACCCUAAACACUUGCUCUCUCCGGGACAGAAAAUUUUCUAGUUAUUUUAAUUUCUACUUAAAAUAAAUUAAAUGUAUUACAU